AUGUUGACGAGUUUGCCGAGGAUCUUCAAACUUACCGUGCUGGUAUGCGGUUUCUGCUCGAUCGACGCUGGGCGAAUGCCGCUCGGCAACGCUGCGAAAGUGACGGGACUGAGGUCGCCAAGGCUGACUGGCGCGCCUUCGAUGACAGGGAUGCGAUCGGACAUGCUGCGUGCGGGGCUGCCGAGCCUGAGGAUCGUUGGGCUGAGAGGAGGCGAGGGGGAGCUCGCAGUAGAGGAGGCUGUCAACAACCUCAGGAGUAAGAGCCUUGACCUCGGGAAGACCAACGAAGAAGUUGUGCAAGCGCUGAAGCUCAUGCAAACUUACAUCGAGAACAUCAUCAAGAAUCCUGCUGAGACCAAGUUCCAAAAGAUACGAGCAGGAAACAAGGCAUUCACGUCCAAGAUCGCCAGUCUGGAGGGAGCAGCAGAGGUGACAGCAGACACGCUGGGUCACAUGGUGACGACCGGCCCUGAGGGCGACGGCGAGCAGCAGAUCGAAGAGUUUUGGAGGCUGAGCUGCACCUUGCAGGGUCAUGAGGGAGAUGUCAGGGGGAUAUCUGUUGUCGGGGACGGGAAACUUGUCACCGCUUCUCGCGACAAGUCUCUGAAGCUCUGGGUGGAGUCGAAGGAGGAGGGAGGAGAAGACGGCAAAGCUGCUUCUUACACGUACAAGGACUCGAAGCAGCUCACGGGGCAUGAGUACCAUGUUGCUUCUUGCUCGUACCUGGGCCCUUCGGAUGAGAACCCCAAUGGCCUCAUUCUCUCCGGUUCAUACGACUACACGAGCUCGGGCCAGGUCAAGGUCCCAGCAGUUGUCAACAUGUGGGACGCGGAGACAGGAGAUCUCAGACAUUCGCUGACGGGACACACAGCAACAGUGAGUUCUAUCGCCUGCUCAACUGAUGGCAAGGAGAUUUUUUCUGCCUCCUGGGACAAGGCUGUCUGGGCGCUUCUGCCUCUCCCAGGCAACAAGCUGCUGUCAGGAUCAGCCGACAGGACCAUCAGACUGUGGGACACGGUUGAAGGAAAGUGCAUCGGGACCUUGACAGGUCACAGUGAUUGUGUUCGUGCACUCGUCAUGCUCCCUGAUGGCAAAGUUGCUUCUGCUGGAAAUGACUGCAUGAUCAAGAUCUGGUCGCUCGACCUCUCCGGCAAUUCUCUCGAGCAGACUUGCGGGUUCUGUCUUGGUACCUUUGCGGGACACGAGAACUUCAUUUAUGACCUCGCGGUCCUGCCCAAUGGCGACCUGGUGUCAGCCGGAGAGGACAGGACGAUCAGAGUGUGGAGGGACGGCCGGCAGGUAUGCGCCAUUCGCAACCCCGACACCGUGUGGAGUAUCGCGGCGAUAAGCAACGGUGACAUCGCUGCUGCUUGUGCUGAUGGCAAAGCGCGAAUCUUCACUCAAGCAGACGAGAGGAUGGCAAGUGAGGAGCAGCAGAACGAGUACGAGGAGCUGCUGGCCAAGACCAAGAUUGCCUCGCACACCCUCGGUGGACUUCAGUUGGAAAAGCUUCCAGGACCAGAGGCACUUGAGAGAGCUGGCGACCAUGACGGACAGGUGGAGUUGGAGGGAGAGGAGGAAGGGGGGAGGAGGACGUGGAAGUGA